UUUUUUCUAUUCUGUCAGAGCAAGCCCGGAGCAGACCGAGAGUGGACGUGUUUCUCAUACAGAGCGGAGCAGACAUCUACUACCAGUCCGAAGAGCCGAGCCUGUAGUCGCGUUGCGUCUUUGCUUUGACCAGAACCAACCAACUCUGAAUUUGCAUUAAAUAUGUCUAAUAUCGUUUGCUGUCAAACGCCUCAGGUGGAGAAAUGAGGGGGGAAGGAGACAACAGGCGAGCGUAGAGCCCAGCCAUGUGGAGGAGUCGAGCUUUUGAGCUUUAACAAAGAGUCUUCUGCCAGAUGUUGCAUAACGACAAGAAACUGGGUUAUAAUGUAUUACCAACACAGAAUAAGUACAACUCUAUAGCCAACGGGAUCCCGAGGACUUGAUUACAGUCGCUUCAAGCCUGAUAGUUUGUCCGUGCGGCUGCUCCCCCUCUCCCUUCCACUCGAGCCUGUUUUAGUCAACUGGCAUUUCUUCUAACGACGUCCCCUCUUCGGAUAAAGAAGACUCGAGUUCCGCAGUGAUCUCAGUUUGCUUUGCCUGUAUCCUACUUUCGACUGGAUUUGCAAUAUACUCUAUUCGGCAUACCAUUUAAAAAAAGAUUCACCAAGAUGAUUCCUAACGGUUAUUUGAUCUUUGAGGAUGAGAGUUUCCUGGAUUCCACCGUUGCCAAAAUGAACGCUCUGAGAAAGAGUGGUCAGUUCUGCGAUGUGAGACUGCAGGUGUGUGGUCAUGAGCUGAUGGCUCACCGUGCUGUCCUGGCUUGCUGCAGUCCCUAUCUGUUUGAGAUCUUUAACAGUGACAUUGAGCCUCACGGAGUGUCUCAUGUCACUUUUGAGGACUUGGACCCAGAGGCUGUGGAGAUCUUGCUCAAUUAUGCCUAUACUGCCCAGCUAAAGGCAGAUAAAGAACUAGUUAAGGAAGUUUACUCUGCAGCCAAAAGGUUCAAGAUGGAGCGAGUCAAACAGAUUUGUGGUGACUACCUGCUUUCUAAAAUGGAUUCCCAGAGCGCCAUCUCUUUCCGUAACUUUGCCAGCUCUAUGGGAGAUGCCAGAGUUUUGGCCAAGGUGGACGCCUUCAUCCAGGACCAUCUACUGGAAGUGUCUGAACAGGAAGACUUUCUCAAACUCCCCCGCCUCAAGUUAGAAGUAAUGCUAGAAGACAACCUGACCCUGCCCAGCAACGGCAAGCUCUACUCCAAGGUGCUCAGCUGGGUGCAGCGCAGCCUCUGGGAGAACGGGGACCACCUGGACCGCCUGAUGGAGGAGGUGCAAACGCUGUACUACUCACCUGACCAUAAGCUGGUGGAUGGAGGGCUGGUGAUUGAUGGGCACAGUGAGGUGUUUGGUGGCGAGGAGGACCACCUUCAGUUUGUGCAGAAGAAACCCGUACGGGAGAGCACCCAGAGACAGAUGAGCUGCAGCUCCUCGGGAAGCCUGUCGCCCUCCAACCAAGCAGCUAAUGCGCCCAAACAGACCGGCCGGAGAGAGUGGAAGUACAUCGCCUCUGAGAAGACCACAAACCACACCUACCUGUGUCUGGCUGUGCUGGAUGGCGUGUUGUGUGUGAUCUUCUUGCACGGUCGCAGCAGCCCUCAGACCUCCCCCUCUGCCACCCCCUGCCUGAUGAAGAGCCUCAGCUUCGAGGCCCAGCCCGAGGAGCUGGAGGAGCAGCCGCUCUCUCCCAUGCAUUACGCUCGCUCCGGUCUGGGCGCCGUGGCCCUGAACGGAAGACUCAUCGCAGCAGGAGGAUACAACAGAGAGGAGUGUCUGAGGACUGUGGAGUGCUACGACCCCAAAGAGGACCGCUGGACCUUCAUUGCUCCCAUGCGGACUCCAAGGGCUCGAUUCCAGAUGGCUGUGCUCAUGGGUCAGCUGUAUGUGAUUGGAGGAUCAAAUGGACAUUCUGAUGAGCUGAGCUGCGGGGAGAUGUACGAUCCACAGGCUGACGAGUGGGCUCAAGUACCAGAGCUGAGGACAAACCGCUGCAAUGCAGGCGUCUGCUCAUUGAACAACAAACUCUACGUUGUGGGUGGGUCGGACCCCUGCGGGCAGAAGGGCCUGAAGAACUGUGAUGCUUUUGACCCUGUGAUCAAAACCUGGUCUAACUGUGCCUCCCUCAACAUCAGGAGGCACCAGGCUGCCGUGUGCGAGUUGGACGGCUUCAUGUACGUGAUCGGAGGGGCGGAGUCGUGGAACUGCCUGAACACUGUGGAGCGCUACAACCCCGAGAACAACACCUGGACCCUGAUCGCCCCCAUGAACGUCGCUCGCAGGGGGGCCGCUGUCGCUGUCCAUGCAGGCAAACUGUUUGUUAUUGGCGGCUUUGAUGGCUCCCACGCGCUCCGCUGUGUGGAGGUGUACGACCCCGCCCGCAACGAGUGGAGGAUGCUGGGUAGCAUGACGUCGUCCCGCAGCAACGCGGGCGUGGCCAUGCUGGGAGAAACCAUCUACGCUGUGGGCGGCUUCGACGGGAACGAGUUCCUCAACACGGUGGAGGUGUACAACCCCGAGACGGACGAGUGGAACGACUGCACCACGACCCUGUCUCCCCUCUCUGACUGAAGGGAGGAGGGAAGGGGGUUGGAGUUUCAGUGCUUUUCCAAACUAACAGGCUUAGUGACGUAAUCGUGUUUCGUGAUGUUUUGUCUGUGUGGGUGGGGAUGGGGGAUUGUUGUGAUGAGGGGUCUUCAGUGAAGACUGGCUUGUAUUUGGCGGGUGGGAUAAAAGGGAGGGGGGCGGGGGGGUUGCCCAAAGCAACAUGACGCCUUUGCAUAUUGCAUACAAUGUUUUUCGUGCUGUAUAUAUUUUGUUUCUUCCUCAUUUUUUGUCAUAUGCCAACAUUUAAUACACAUUUAGUGCUUUUCUUUUUAACUUAGAGUUGAAAGGUUUUUCACUGGAGGGUUUUCAGAUGAGCUAGCAGUUAUCGGUCACUUGGAACCUGGCAGUAUGGUGACAAUUGGCUUUGAAGGUUUUAUUUGUAGAAAUGUUACUUUGCUCACAUAUAAUGGUCAGUGGUUUGAAGCCUUACUCGGAGAGUGCGAGUUAGAAAAAGAAACACCUCAAGGCUAUUUCUGUCAUUUUAAACAAGCUGGAUUGCUUUUUUGAAUCUUAAAUGGCCUUUUUUAUAUUUUUUUAUACACUGCUGAUUUACUGAUAAAAGUAGUAGCAGAUGGCUUGAAGUCAAUGAAUCUAACCAGUGCCAGUUUUAGUAAUACCUUUGUGCACACACCACACACGCACAACCAUGCUUCUGCUAACCAAACUUUUGUUAUUGUGAUUGAACUAAUCAAUGUAUGUAGAGAUGCGGUUUACUGAAGUUUCUUAUUUCUCUUUUGUGUUUUAAAGUGUCAGGCAUUGGCAGAUUCUUCUGGAGGGAAUGUUAAAAACGAGAAUUAACACAUUUGUAACAUUUCUUAAUUAAUAAAUCAUUUAAAUCUGA